AUUUUUUGUUAUAUUUAAUUUGAGGACAAAUUUUUGAAUGGAAACAUAUUCUUAACAAACCUGCUGUUUAAGCGGAGAACAUGGAGAAACUCAGGAAGGCCAUGAGACGCAGUCCAAAUACUACAAAGGAAAGCAAACAUGAGAAAUUAGGAGAAGGUUGGAAUGAAAACAAAGAGGCUGUUCGAGAUGGAAUCACCUUUUACAUGAAAUAUCUUGGAUCCACCCUUGUGGAGGAGGCAGAGGAGAGUCAGAGUUAUGGUGACGGUGUCAUCACCAAGGCAUUACAAAGCAUCAUCGCUAUGGCAAAAUCAUCUGGGAAGAAAUUAAAAAGGGUUGCAUUGACAGCUUCUCCAAAGGGGAUCCAGAUAACUGAUAUGGCAAACAACCAGCUGAUUGAGGAAAUCUCAAUAUACAGGAUUUCCUUCUGUUCAGCUGAUAAAAACUUUGACAAAGUAUUUGCUUUCAUGGCCAGAAAUUCUGUGAAUGAGACUAUGGAGUGUCAUGCUUAUCUCUGUGAUAAACCCAAAAUUGCACAAGCUGUAACUCUCACAGUGUCUAAGGCAUUUGAAUUGGCUACAGAUUUACACAACAUUGAAGUCAGUGCUAGUCCUAAAAAAGAAAUAAGCGGAGGUCUAGAGAAGACAGAAACACGGGCAAAUAAUGUUAAAAACUCAGAAAAUAAAUUAUCUGUUGAUCAACCAAUCCCAAAACUCUCUAGUCCCAAGUCUAGUCAGGAAAUCUUGAGUAACAAGUCACAAAGAAGUCAAAAAUGGCAAAGUUUUGAAGAUGAGAAUUUGGAUGAAGAAGAUUGUUUUUCAAUGCUAGCAGUAAACAGAAGUAAAGGCAUAAAGGGAUUAAGAACAGAUCUCAUACAAGAAGAUAUAGAUGAAAGUGUUACACAAUACAUGAACAAUAACAGGUGCUUGGAAGAAUUCUCUAAAUCAUCAUCUAUGGAGGAUCUCCUGUGUUUGUGAGAUUAAAAACUUAUUUAGUUGAGGACCUCCUGGGGUCCUUAAAAGAGGACCUCUCAGUGUCCUCCUAAGGUCCUCAAAAUAACCUCAUCUGAGGACCAUAGCAUGCAUUUCCUUUGUCUGCUGAUUCUCCUGUUGCUGUGAGUAAAGUGUCUUUUAUGUCUAUAUAAAUUGAUAUUCAGUUGCUGAUAAAAAGGGUAAAUAGAUUGAGAAUAUACAUUGUAUUAUAAUUAUGAUGAUAGUUGAUGAAUGAUGCAAACAUUUUUUUAUAGACAAUUCAAGAAUU